AUGGCAUACAUCGAUUCUUUCUCAAUGUCGACGAUGAACAAUGCUUUACCAAAACUCCGUUUCGCCGCCGCGAGAGAACCCUUCGAAGCGGAGAUCCCGACGAUCAAUCCUCCUCCUCUUCCACGUGGCUUCCCAAUCGUCGCCCCACCUGCCAGAGACGAUCAAAACCUAAUCAGUUCCCUCCCCGGCGAUUUCUUCCCCGUCGUAACUUCUGAUCAAGAACGUGAGAUGCGUUUGCAAUGGAUGUUUAACUUUAUGACUAGCAGCGAGCAAGAAGACGCGAUUUCUUUCAAAGAGAUGAUCUCAUCCUCAAGGUUAGCCCGAAGAGAGCUCCAGACGAUGGCGUCUUUGCUUACGUCAGACCCCGAUUACUUCUUGGAGAUCGCGAGAAACAAGAACGGCUCGAGCCGCCUGCGGAAGCUUCUCGGGAAAUCAGACGACGUGGACAACCUCCUGGCCGCCGCUAUCAUGCGCCGUUUCCUCCGCGUCAUGACCUGUGAUCACGCGCCCUACGUUGUGGUUCGAGGGAUGCAAGUUUUCGACGAAGCGAAGAAAGAAGUCAUUUACGAGCAGCUUCUCAGCAACGCGCUCGACAUCGCGCGUGCACAACACGGCUGCAUCGCCCUCAACGAGAUCAUAACCGACUCGGACCAUCCUUACUACAGAAACCAGCUCUUGGACGUGGUCGCGCAAAACGCUCUCUGGCUAAGCAGCGACGUCUAUGGCAACUUUGUGAUCCAACACGUGCUUAAGCUGAAUGACUUGCGUUGCACGCGUAACAUUGCCGUUAGCCUCCGUGGUCACUGCGUUGACCUAUCGUCCAAGAAGUAUGGAAGCUACAUCGUGGAGAAGCUUUUGGAUGCGAAGGACUCGGUGGUCGUGUUUGUGGUGGUGGAGGAGCUUUUGAAGUGCGAAGGACACGUGUUGCUGAGGCUGGCGAGGAGCGACUGUGGCAAUUUCGUGGUGAGCAAGGCACUGAGAGUCACGCAAAACGAUUUGGUUUUGGUCGAUCUGUUUCGUGGUCUGGUGGAUAAGCUCAUGCCGUUUCUACAUUUCUUGCGUGGAUCUCGAGGAAGCAAGAACAUUGCUGACAUCUUGGAGCCGAUUUGUUAG